CUGCAAGUCUUCGACUCAAAUAAAGAUGGCAGAUUACAACUGUCUGAAAUGGCAAAACUCCUUCCCGUUAAAGAGAACUUCCUUUGCCGUCAAGUGUUCAAGGGCGCCACCAAACUGACGAAGGAUGAUAUCGAAAGGGUAUUUUCGCUUUACGACAGGGAUAACAACGGGUCCAUCGAAAACGAAGAACUUCGUGGAUUCCUUAAAGAUCUUCUGGAACUCGUCAAAAAGGACUACGACGCCCAAGAUCUGCUGGAGUUUGAGGAGACGAUACUCCAAGGAGUGGAGUACAGCAGCGAAGGAAAGAUAAGUAGGAAGCAACUCACCAUGAUAUUAUUGGCCCUAGCGAAGCACAACCAGGAAGAAGAACCAACAACACCAUAAGCCAGCAUAAGAGAUAUCGCCACUCCGUCCCGACGUCCGAACGAAUUUGUAUAGACGAGAUCUGAAGCGGUUAAGAGGCAACUGAGGUAUAGAAUUGGAUAUUUUUCUUGGAGACCUUAAACAGAUAGACAUAGAGUUCUAUUUCUUCUAAGGUGAUAUACUCUCGUUUUGCAAUUAUGGACGUUCUAAUCAAUGUUUCUAGUUCUACAUCUUUCAUAGUCUUAAAGGUAAUUAAGGUAUUUUUUGACUGUCAUACCUAUACGGCUAUCAAAGCAGUCCUUCGUUUAGAACACCUGGUAUUGCAAAAAGACGGAUUCGCGCCUGUUCACGGAUUAGAGCAAACUAUACAAAGAUAAGUAUUGUCGCUCUCUGGCGCAAAACUUAAGCAUUUUUUUAAGAUUUCACAAAGUUAAGCAGUUUUAACAAUGCUAGAGACAGUGGUGUAUUAAUAGGGCGGCGUGAGGGACAAAAUUCUACAAGCCCCGGCUUUAAGGGAUCCCGAAAAGUUAAAUUUACAACUUUUUGGCCUAAAAAAAGUACAGAUUUUUCAUGUAAGGAAGGGCCUUAUUCAAUAACAUGUCACGAGACUUUGAAGAUAUACUGACGUCACUGGCUAUAUGCAUUUGAAUUUAGACUGUACUCAUGAGAAGUAAAUUAUACUCAAACUAUGUAGACCAACUCCCUUUAAAACCUUCAAUCAUGUUUCGAUUAAGUAUUGAGGUCAAAUUAUCCACAUAAUAAAAUAUCUCAGUUGCCUCUUCAUUCGAGUUGACUGCUUAAAAUCCGACGUAGUGUUACAGUGAUGAAGUUUUCCCAAAUUGCAUAUAAAAUAAACACCAAUAUUACGGUAAAGAAGUUAAUUCAAAUAUCUUUGUAAACUUAGGCUAGGCGGUCUGUAAAAUCUAAGUAUUGUCAAUCAGAAAAACAAUUUGUUUAAGACUUCGAGCGCCUUCAAAUUGCGCUUGCGCAAAAUUAUUGCUUUGAUUGAUUUAUUCUUGCUCAUUUGUAAUUGUAUAGAUAGCGAUUGAAAUCAAUAGAAAUCAGCCUUGAUAGAGUUUACUUUCAGUAUAGGAACGGUUUUUCUUUUUUUUAACACUAGGUUAUCCAGAAGUUACGGAUUUCUUCCGUACUCGCUGGUAAAAACCGUUCUGCCGACUAAACCCCGCCAUUGUAACUCUUUCCCAAAUAUCGAAGGUAGCGAGAUAUGCAAGUCGACGUUUGGAAGGCAAUUAUUUUUUCCAUAUUUUUUCCUUUUUUCCUGCAUCAUUUGAUCUAGGUUUUGUAAUUCUAGAACAAUUUUAACAACAUUAGACUAUAUCUUUAUAAAAUAAAAUGUUGAAUUGUUACGAAUUUUCAUAUUAAAAUCAUAACUUUAAAGCACUCUACUCAAAAAAAUACAGAUUGUCGCUUAAAUAUUAUUGGCUUUCAAGCGUUGUAGUGCAUGCAACCACAAUCCUCGCAACUUUCAGUGUACAAGUGGAGAGAUCCUAAUGAGUAUAACAAUGUGUUUGCAAAACUCUAUCACUGUAACUACGUCGUAAUAAAGUUGAGAUAAACUGUCGUGAUUCUAAAUGACAUCUAGAAUAAGCUUAUUCGAAUCAUGACCCUUUAUCUCAAACCUCGGUUAGGUGCUUUAAGUUUUUACUGAAACCUAUUUGAUUUCGUCAUUGAUGGCUGUGUUAAGCACAUUGUAAUAUAAUCUGACGGGUGUUAAUUUUUUUUAUGCUUAGAAAAUCAAAUUCAUGUCAAGCCAAAGUGAUUGCCAAAUAUUUAAAACUAGCUAUGUAAUAGCAACAAUUUAGAUUCCGGAGAUUAUGCGUGUGAUGAAAUAUUAGCAAAAAUACAUUUCCAUUUUUUUAUGAUUAAGUCACGAAUAAAUCUUGUCUACACUCAUGGCUCAAUUGACUGACAUAAUAUUCCUAAUUCACUGUGCUUAAUAUUUCUAUAAAAUUCUCCAAAAUAUUCUUAAAAAUAAAGUUUUUGACGCACCUUAGACUAUUUUCAUAAUGUCCUUUAAAUGAAAAAUACAGUAGAUUUUGAAUAUUAAACAAAUCCUACAUAUCAUUCCGAAAUGAUUUUCCCAAGAAAUUAAAACAUAAUAUUUUAAUAGAAGUUUAAAAUGGGAACACCGUAAAUUAUAAAAAACUCCUGGCAUUAACAAUUUUUUUUUCUAUUUCUUUGUUAUAUUUUUUCCAGCUUGUUUCAUACAAAAACCUUUUUAAUCUUUAUCAAUUAAAUACAGUGUCGUCUUCUUUCAUUCCUUCCUUUUUCUAUUUUUAUGCAAAAAAUAUUACUAAUGUACAAAAAGUAUAUCGAGUAUCAGGCCUAAUAGCUAAAGACCGGAUGUUAUUGAAUAUUUUUCGUAAUAUUAUAUUAAAAAAAUCUUUAUGUCGUACUGCUUAAGUUCAAAUUUGAAAAUAAGAUAACACUAUAAUGUGGGUCUCCCUUAGGUAUUCAACAUGACAUGACGCCUUCCCAUAAUGAUCAUUUGACCAAGAUGUCCGGUCUUCAGAAACGAAAUCAUCUAAACAAUGUACAUAGGUUGUGAUGCUUCGCGUCAUUCGUACUUAGAAACCUGAAAUGCAUUAGUAAAUCGAUGUGCUUUAGAUCUUUCUAAUAAAUGUCUUCGCUUCAAAAUUGUUCGUAGGUGUCUUAUGUGAUCGUCUGCAGAGGAAAUUAAAAAGAUAUUAUAAAUCGGAAUACAUUUCUUAAGUAUCAAAUUAUUUUAAAUUGGUGACAUUUUGUUUUGAUGACAUUAUCAAGCACUUAUCAUGUUAAAAUAUCGGAUAAAAUACUAUUUUAAUAUAAGUAUAGUAAGCUACCAAAAUAGUCAAUAGAUGAUUAAAAAAAAGAAUAUUUUCCACCUGAAAUAGAAUGCAGCAAAAAACGUAGCAGAGUGGACGAUCACCCUAACAACAAACUAAUUUAUUUUCGAAUCGAUAUUUUUAUUAUUUCGUUUAGAUCGUAAGGUAUAUCUCGAUGUUAAUUUAAAUGUGAACGUAAUCCUUCGGUGUGUAGCGGCCUUUUCGUGUUUAUUCGUUUGUCUAUGGAUAGCAUAAAAUCUGUGUUGUGAUGAAAUAGUUAGCUUUAAUGGAAGUACCUAAUGUAUUUUAACAAUAUUCACAAGAUCUGUGUUUGGGAUUCGGUCAACUUUUAAUAAAAUUAAAGUUGUUUGUAUUUUACUUUUUACAGUUUCUAAACGUUUGUUUUGUUAACGUUAUUUCGUCAGUAUUGAAAUUACGUUUCAUUAAAGUCGAUUUUAACUAGUAAGGUACUAGUUAAGUAUUCUCUGUUGUUUUAAAUAAACCAAUGUACAAAUUUGUGUUAAGUUUGAUCUUACUUACUCGUUUGAAAGAUGGUAUAGAAAUGUAUAUGAUUUCAAUUAUCUAUGGUAUUGAUCUGUCCAUUCAAAAAAAAUUUUUUUUUCACGAUAUUAUCUAUGUUCUAUAAAUGGAAUAUCGAUACCCAAAUGCAGAAACUAAACUGAACAAUCAAAUAUCAGUGAACUAGGUACUUAAGUACCGACAAAACUCCAAUUAAGUCAUGUUAUAUAAAUGUUAUAAAUUAAUAAAAAAAUAUAUAAAAUGGAUGUUUAGAUAUUGAUGUAUUAUUUAAUUUUGGGUAUAGUUGGAGCUGGCGAUGUUUUAAGAAAGUUAUGCCUAAUUUAUUACAUACAACCAGUGCGACUUAAAAAUACAGUCGAAUUGAAAAUUUUCUCCUUUUUUUGAAGUCGGUUAAAAAUCUACUUCGCUGCCUAAUGCCAUCCCUCUUCCGCUUUCGUCGAUUUUAGUCUACUAUCUAUGCUUAUGUCAGUUGAGCGGUAUACUCAUCUCGUCAUUUAAUUGCAAAAAAUAAAUUCACAAAAUUAACUUUUUAACAAGCAGCAACUUGCACAGUUAAAUAGGAUGGUAAUUUUUUGAUUCUUCGAAUACUAAUGUACCCAAAAUAUAAAACCAUUUAAUUGCCUCUUUAGAACUACAGGUGAAUUCGUGUGUAUUUCAAAGCUUGCAAUAGAAAUGCUGAUUUUUGCCCUGAGUUGCCCUGUUUUGGAACUUAUGCCCGAUAUGAUGAUAAACUCAUGCCCUAUCACAUCGUGGGACAAAUUAGUUCCAAGAAACUUUGCAGUAUUCACUAUCAAUUUUAUUAUAUUCGGGUUACGCAGUUUAUCUGAUCAUGCGCUAACUCCAACUAAACCUGAAAAUCAUUGUAAAAGAAACAACAUAGUAAAUAGUCGAUAUUGCUUAAAUAUUUAUUAAGUCAAGAGAUGUUAAUCAAGUAAAGGCAAAAUUUAAAUUUCAUAUUCUUUACUUACAACAAAUAAAAUUUGUAGGUAGGUACUUAACCUAUAAUGCCUAACACCUUUAGAAUUACUUACAUACGAAACGUCGGUGAUGCAUUCGAUUUGAAUCCAUGGAGUUUGUCCAUUUUAAAUUUUUGUGGAUUAUAAAUCAACUUUAACGGUUUUUUGCACUUGCGAAGGUGCGUCAUAGUAAUUCUAAAGGUGUGAAACAUUGGUCCCUUCCUGUACAUUCUUUUGCAAUAAACAUUAGAAUUGUCUAUGACUACGUUGUCUAUGUUGUUUCUUCAGCGAUGUAUAGUUGUUCGAUGUCUAAGUUCGAUGUUUCCAACGCCUGGCACUAUGUGUUAAUGUUAAGAUUGAAAUACGAUAUUUGUUAUAAAAUGUUUAUAUUUGUA